CCGAACACACACACACACUGUGCUGUGGUAAGACAUUUAGACAGACACAGACAGAAUUCAUAUGUUUUGUGUGAUAUUUCGGUUCAGUUUUUUUUUUGCAAUAUUCAGAUUUCUUUUCUUUUCUUCUUUCUUUUCUCGUUGGAUAUAUUACAACAAAUUCUGAAAGGCAAAAAUUCCUUGAUUUGUGUGUUUUUUUUUCUAGUUUGUUGUCUGCAUUUAUUGAUCUUUAUUUAUUCAUUUUUUUUCUCCAGGUGAUAAAAAAUGCUCGGUCGAAUCAUAUCAUCAUCAUCAUCAUUGCGUUUGAUGACGUCGAAUAUAAAAACGACAAAUAUUCAUCCAAUGUUUUCAUCAUUAUCAACAACAACCAGUAAUAAUAAUAAUAAUAAUAUCCAUAAUGGACAACAGCAACGAAAUUUUCAUCAAACAUCUUUUCAUUAUGCUCAAUUAACCGUACGUGAUGCAUUGAAUAGCGCCUUAGAUGAAGAACUUGAACGUGAUGAAACCGUAUUUAUUAUGGGUGAAGAAGUAGCUCAAUAUGAUGGUGCAUAUAAAGUGACCAAAGGUCUUUGGCGUAAAUAUGGUGAUAAACGUGUUAUUGAUACGCCAAUCACUGAAAUGGGUUUUGCCGGUAUGGCUGUUGGUGCUGCAUUUUAUGGCCUUCGUCCAAUUUGUGAAUUUAUGACCUUCAACUUUGCCAUGCAAGCAAUUGACCAUAUUAUAAAUUCAGCUGCCAAAACAUAUUAUAUGUCGGCUGGUCGUAUAGCUGUACCGAUUGUAUUUCGUGGACCGAAUGGUGCGGCAGCCGGUGUUGCUGCACAACAUUCACAAUGUUUUGCCGCAUGGUAUUCACAUUGUCCUGGUCUUAAAGUGUUGGCACCAUAUACUGCUGAAGAUGCUAAAGGAUUAUUAAAAACUGCCAUUCGUGAUCCAGAUCCGGUUGUAUUUCUUGAGAAUGAAAUCCUUUAUGGUACAUCAUUCGAUGUGAAUGAUGAUGUUUUAUCAAAAGAUUUUUUACUGCCCAUUGGUAAAGCUAAAAUUGAACGUCCUGGUGAUCGUAUUACGGUAUGUAGUUAUUCAAAAGGUGUUGAAACAUCACUAGAAGCAGCCAAAAUUCUUUCAACAAUGGGAAUUGAAUUAGAAGUAAUCAAUCUACGUACAAUAAGACCAUUAGAUUUUGAAACCAUAUCAAAAUCUAUAAUGAAAACAAAUCAUUUAUUAACCGUUGAACAAGGUUGGCCACAAUCAGGUGUUGGUGCCGAAAUCUGUGCACAAGUGAUUGAAAGUCCUGUUUUUGAUUAUCUUGAUGCACCAGUUAUACGUGUAACUGGUGCCGAUGUUCCAAUGCCAUAUGCACGUUCAUUAGAAGCUAAUGCAUUGCCACAACCAGAUGAUAUUGUUAUGUCGGUGAAAAGAAUGCUCAACAUUGUUGAUUAAUUAAUUAAUUAAUAAUCGAUUAUUUGUUCAAAUUGAAACAAUCAUACUGUUGAGCUUUAGUCAUGAA